AGAAAGAGAGAGGGAUAGAGAGUGAAAGAGGGAAAUGUGUGUAUAUAUAGAGAGGGGGAGUGAGAGUGAGAGUGAGUAUCAGAGAGUUAUCGGCCACGGCUGAGGUGGAGUAAAAAGUGUGUUUAGAGAGAGAGAGAGAGGCUUUUAGUAUCGCCAUCGACCCCAGCCCGCCACUCGACGGAUUAUUAAGACACACAGGCAAGGACAACAUCAGCGGGUUCUCGCCCAGUGAGGAAAGUGUACUUGCUGCCAACUUGCUGCCAUUCUUUUCUUGGAUUGUCUUGUGAACCAUGUUAAUUUGCCACAACUUUCUUCUUCUAUAUUGAUUUGGGAUGGAAAGUUGCAACACUAGCCUGGAUGUUGGAGAAAUGAAAAAUAAUUGCAGCCAAGAAAGUGCCGACAGCAUAUCUGACCUAGAAACUUCUGUGAAGAACGGUGUUGGAAAGAAUUUAGUUCCUGGUGAAAAAUCUGAUUUCUUGAGAAAUAAGUCUAAGGGAGAACAACAACAGAAUGUCCCUUUAAACGAAGAUAAAAUUGAUAACGAAGAAAGCAAAGAAAAUCAGCUAAGCAAAAUCAAAAGUCCAGUAGAUAAGAUUACUGUAGAAGACGAAUCUGACAUUAUAAUUACUUCUAGUGAGAAGUUGGAGAAAGCAGAAAAGAAAUCUGAUAGUCCUUCUAAAGGGGAAACUGACCCUCUAAAAGUUGUCAUUAAAUUAACUGACAGCAACGAGAACAGUAAUAAGAACACUGACGACGACGACGAAGUAGAAGUUUUAAAUACUGCAGCGAAGAUCAACUCGGCAAACAACGGCCUUGAAUCGGUUGCUAAAGAGAAUCAAAGGAAAGUUAAUGAUCUAAAUCCUUGUGAAAGAUCUCGUCUUCAUUUGCAGUCUUCAAAUUGUCAAUCAAAUUCUCUUCUCACUUCAAACAGCAAUAACCAGCUGCGAUCUGGGCCUUUCAGUGCUAACAACAAUCAUAGUAAGGUUCACCAGCCACCUGAGCUGCCGUCUUUCAACCUGGCUAACCAACAGAACAACUAUGCUCCGCUAUCUGGGGCUAAAAUUCCCAAACCUCAUAUACCUUCGAUGUCUCCACUAAACAGUUCUCAAUCCAGUAUGAAUUCUUCAAAAGGAGGUACGUCUCCUUUCUGCUCAUCACCUAAUUUUUCUAAUUUCAACAUCAACGAUAACGAUGAUUCUAAAGAUACUUUGCCAAAUUCCAGUGUUGAACAGAUUGAGGCUAUCAAGAGAGAAACGCUUCUACAUUCUAUGUCAACCAAGGCUCAACGCAUCUUGAAAGCAAAAGCCAAGGCAGAGCUAUUGAUGAAGGCUGAUGAAAAACUAGGUCCGCUAGCCAACUUUCUGAACAACUUGGGGCUUGACAUUGUUAAACAAUCUGUUUAUCAAGAAGCCAUCCAUAUUCAGUCUCGGAAGCAGCAGUCUGGCAAACUAACAGAUGUUGAGUGUUCUCAACUGGACAAGAUGCGGACAUCCUGCAGGGAGCUUGCUGAAAAACUGAAACAUCUUAAGCUCAGCUACAGGAAGUGCAAAUUAUGCAAUUUUGUUAGUGAGUCGGUCAAUGUCCACUUUUGGCAUCGUGAACAUCCACAUGUUAACAAACGAGAAGACUUUUGUUGUUCCUAUUGUGAUUUCCUGACCAGAAACAACCUGGCUUUCAAUUUUCAUAUGGAAGCCGAGCACAACAUCAAAGGACGAAGUAUGGAAAAGCCAGCCUUUUGGCAAUGUAGUCUCUGCCCAUUUGAACACAACUCUAAGAGUAAACUAACGCAGCACAGGUGGAAGUGUGAAAAGAACUUUGAAAUGAAAACUCACUUGUCGCCGUCCCCUGAAACUGAUAUCAAUUAUAGCUUGUAUGGGGUGUUCUACCUCUCCGAAAAAGAAGAAGCCCUAAAGGCUAUUGCUUUGCAUAAAGCUAAACAGAAUCAGAUCAAAGCGCAGCAGGCUCAGUUUAAGUUGCAGCAGCAACAGGCUGCUGCAAAUCGAGCCAGCUACUUCAAUGCUAAUAAAAUUUCUCCUAUUCAGUCGAAACCAAUGAAUCAAGGAAAUAUGAAUGUAAACCAAAGAAUUCCUGUUUUAGUGCAUCCCAAAAUAGGUCAGCCACAAGUGCCAGGGAACCAGAUAAGAAAUUUCAAUGCAAGAGGGAACAUGCAACCGAAUCGAUUCCAGCAACAGUCUCCAAUUCGGCCCAUGGUGAACCAUCUUGGAAUGAAACACUUCUCUCCUGGCAUGCCCCAAAAUAAUAUCCGUGGAACAUCUUUACUCAACCCAAACAAAGGACAUCAGAACCUAAGCUUGAUGCGGACACAACUUCCUGUGAAAGAUUUACUCAACAUGCAUCAACAAGUCAAAGGCCAUAAUGUAGUUACUGCCAAGUCUUUAGCCAACCAGAAAUUAAUACCUUCCAACAAUCAGCCCAUUAACGAUGUUAGUGAGUUUGAAAUCUGUGAGCUGUGUGGCGGCUAUGUAAAAGAUCGGGAAGCUCUACGCAUUCACUUCUUCUACGCCCAUAGAGUGGAGAUGCCUGCACUUAUGUUUGAGAAACCAUGCCCUCCUCUUUUCUGUGAUGUUUGUGAAAAGAAAUUCUGGACUAGCCAAGGCCUCCAGAAACACAGGGUUUCCUUGAAACAUUAUGCUAAAGGUUCUCUCUCUCAAGUAUGCAUCCUUUGUGGUUGUCUUGUUUCUCAUCUGCUUAAUCAUAUGACUGACACCCAUCAGCUCAACUUACAGGACUUCCUGAACCAAAAGCGAUGCAUUGUUUGUGGAAAGGUUUGCCAGAGUCGAUCUGAAACCGAGAUCCACAUGGCUGCCAGCCACGGUAUUUUAGUGAAGCGUAGUAACUCGAAUUCAAUGGAUGCCAAGGUGAAACUUGACGAGAAAGGAGGUGGUAAUUCCAUGGCUAUGGCAACCAAAACCGGAACUGCCACCCCUGGCUCGUCGGCCUCUCAGUUGGUAAAAGGCAACUACUGUGUGUUUUGCAAGGUACCGUUUGCGAGCAAUGCUGAAUUGACACAACAUUGUCUACUCGUACAUAAGGCUUGCAAAAAAUGCGGCAUGGUUUUGCCAGCAGAGGGUUCUCUUGGUAACCACAGAUGUCAGAUAAGCAUUCCAACGGUGAAAGCUUGCAGUGUGUGUAAGAAGCAGAUCCUUAUUCAAGAAUUUAUAAAGCACGUUGAAGAGAGACAUUUGAAAAAAUGUUCUAUCAAACUGAAGCGGCUCAAUUCAGAAGAAAUCAACGCGGAAAUGAAAGAGAAAAAAUUACACCUGGAUAUAUCUGGUGGUGCUUCUCCUUGUUCAAUAUCUGGCAACAUUGAUUCCGGGCAAAACAGCGUUUCUGGGGAUGUAGGUAGCAAUAGUUCAGCUCGAUCACAUAAACGAAAACCAGAAGAAUCCGAUAGAGCAGCGAAACGCAGUAAAAUUUCUCUAGAUAAUGAUAGUAACUUUGAGGCUAAAUCCGAAUCUAUAUCUAUAAGUGAUAGUGAUGAUGAUGUGGAAGUUAUUAAUGCUGGCAGUAGCUCUGCUGAUAAGACUAAAUUAGAUUACCCAAAAAAUGGUUCUGUUGAUAAAAAAAAAGAAAGUAGUAAGACUGGCAGUGUUUCCGAAUCUGCAGCACCUGAAAAGAUGGAUGUUGAUGCAUCUCAAGACAGUGAAGAGGAAAGUGACUGGAGUCAGAAGGGAACAGCUGCUGACAAGGACAAACAGGAUGAGCAGGAAAACGCAACCGCUAAUAAUAACAACAAUAAUAAUAAUAAUAAUAAUAAUAAUAAUAAUGGUUCUACUUCUGCAAAACUGGAGUCUUCCAAAGAAUCUGAUGAAAGCUAUGGUAGUAAGAAAAGUCCUGUGAAAUCAGGGAGUGACAAAAACAUUACAGACAGUACCGAAUGAAUGGAGUGAUUUGGCAAAAACUGACUUAAACAUAAUAUAUAUAUAAACAGCCUGAACAUUAUUCAGAAAUAUUACCUCUACUCCUGGAGUCUUCAUGUCUGUUGAGAAUCAUCUCUAUUGCCUUGAAACUAUGCUAUAUCUUAGGAACCAAAAUAGCAGUCAUCGGCAAGGGAAUUGUCACUCAUGCUGUGUAUGUAAUGAAACUGUUAACACUGACCUGUUGCCCAGUCUGGAGUUAAACUCUUCCCCAAAGGUGGGCUUAGGUCUCUGUUUUAUGUAGAACUAAAAACUACUCAAAUGGCUUUUGACUUUAAUUUUUUUUUUUCCUCCCCUUCUCCCCAAAUCUAUGAAUGCCAUUGAAAUAUGUAUGUAUUAGAAUCUUUGGCUGUUAUCAAAUUAAUUAAUCACUUGUAUUAAUAAUGAUUAAUUUUUUUGUCUAUAAUUGCUCUUGGAAAAAUUGAAAAUUUCUAUUAACUUUCUUAUUGAAAAAAAAACCAAAAAAAAAAAAAAAGCAAACCAUUUUGUCUGCUACUGUAAAAUGUUUUCACCUGAGUAUAAAUGAUACAGAUGAAUCAAAAACAGAAGUGCUGAGGUGUUGUGUUGA